AUGGACCGCGCUCGCCGCGCUGCCGCCACCAGCCGCCGCAAACCUCUGCCUGGCUCUGCAUCUCCCCAGCCGACGUCUGAAGCCUCGAUGGAGCGUCUUCAGUCUCCCACCAGUCCCGGCAUGCCGCAGGGCACCAACGCCGGCACGCCCCAGACGGCACCCCAGAGCCGCCGAGGCAGCAGGGCAGCCCAGCAGGCAUUUGCCUUUUCCACCCCAGGCCCAAACCGCCCCCAGUCCUCCAAGAAGCGUUCCAGGACCAUGGAUGGCUUUAACUUUGCCGACGACGACUUUGCCGAUGAUGGCAGCCCCAAGAAGGGUGGCCACAGCCUUCGAAAGCGUGCCCGCGUUGACUACACCUUGGAGCACAUUGACGAUGAAGUCAUGGUUCCCAACUCCACCAUGGCCUCUUCUUCUUCUACCCGUGGCAGGAAGCGCAAGUCCGACAACAUGGACGCUUCCGAGGACUUCUAUGGUCCCACCCCUGCCAAGAAGCGAGGCAACUCUCUCGGCGCCGAUGCUCUCUCCAGCGUCCGCCGCAACCCUGCUCGCAAGAGUACCGAGACCAGGAUUUACGAGGAAGACGACGACGUCAAAGACGUCAUCGAGGUCGGCGUUUCCUUCUCCGAUGUGGAUGAGUCAGAUCCUCCUCGGGCCAGUCACUCCGGCGACUCCUCGACUGCCCAGUCUCCCGAGGCCUCGUGGAAGCUCCCUGCGGCUACCGCCGAAUCGGAGGCCAAGGCACAGCAGCCUGCCGCACGCAUUCAUCAGGAUGCACAUGCCCCAACCAAGUCUUCUGACCUGCUGUCCACCGCCGAAAACGACGCGUCUGUCCCUGCCCAGAAAGAGGCCAUCCAGUCGCCCAAGCCAGAGGCUUGCUCUGUUUCGUACAACGCAUCCAGCUUCGCCGAGUCUACCUUGAACUCGACCCAGGAUACUCAGCAGACCUUCUCGGUCGCCGAAGAGCCCAUCAUCGAGCCAACCGAUUUGCCAGACAACCGGCCUUCUCCUGCGGCUGACGCCAAAGAUGCUCCCAAGCCCCAGGUAUUGGCCAUCGAGCAGAAGGCUGCUGAAGAUGAGGUGGACCCAUCUCCCAAGGUUCAGGCAGAGAAAUCAUCCGCCGCAGACCUUGUUCUGCAAACCACAGCUCUUAGUCUCAUGGAUCGAGGCGAGGGCCACGUUGGCGCUGCUACAGCUACCACCGUCGAAGAGAAUGCGCAGCCCAAGAUUGACACUGCUGGACCGGUUCCGCAAGACAUGGUUGCUAUCGCCAAGGAAACCAACCACUCUGGCGAGCAGCCUCAGAGCCCUGGCCAGAAACUCGAGGAGAACAAGAUUGUAUCGGUUGCCCACGGCAUUCAAGAGGGGGAGAGGCCCAUUUCGGAGCCUCCCGCCAUCACCGUCUCGGAUGCUUCCCAGCCCUCCAUCAUUUCCACUAUUUCCGGACCAGCCGAACCGGCCCCAGGCGCAACCAGCGGCACGCCAGCCGUUCAUAUUUCCCCGCCUGAGGGUACCCUGGCAUUGCACCAGUCGUCUAGCCAGUCUGCAGAUCAGGGCGUUGCACAUGCCAACUCCGUCACCGGUCAGACAGCUCCAGCUGGUCAGGAUCGCGCCUGGGCACACUUGAGCCCUUACUUGCACCAGGAGUACGAUACUUACCCGGUGAAUAAGAGCGACAACACAGAGGCGAGUGGCGCUGGACAGACGUCCGAAAAUAAGGACAACAAGAGCACCAAGAGCAUCACCACUGUCGAAAACCCGGAGUCGUCUGGAGAAGAAGGAAGCGGCGACGCUGGCAAUCCGCCUGUGGAUGAUUCGUCGACGGCCGCGCUUGGCACUCCGGCGGGAGAGUCAUCUGCCGUCGAAUCCACAGAGCCCACUGCCAUCAACUCUCCGGCUGCGGCUACUGCCGAGGAGAACUGCGAGGAUGCCAAUAUGGCCGAACCUCAGGGGGCCCCCGGCAAGCCGAUGUUCUACAAGUACCGCAGGAUCCGAAGUCCCGCGGACUUUGCCGCCGCGCUCCAGAACCACAGACAAAUGUCUACAGAGGACCUCUAUGAACUCCUUGACGUUGUUAAUGCAGCCAUGCGGGAGUGGCAGCACGAGUAUCAGGAUUCAAUCCAUUUUGUUGCGGAUUGGGAGAACGCAACCAGGCGCCAAGAUGCGGACGCCAAAUACGAAAACAAGACGCGCGACUUGACCGUGCCGGGCUUGAAUCAUGCCGAGCCCGACUUCAGCGUCAAGGGCUACAAGGCGAAGCAAAAGGACCAGGAGAACAUCGAGGAAACGCGCUGGAUGCAGGCCCAGGAUAGAAUCAUGGCUGCUUCGUACUACUUCCCUUACGAUCCUCACCCGUCCAAGAUUGGUCGCCAGGAUCUCGAAAACUGCAUCGAUGAGGGCGUCAAGACCCGCUCGCGAUCGCUUCGCAACCAGCCCAAGCAGACGGCCAAGGCCUCCGAGGCCGAAGAGGUCACGACCAAGCGGACGCGCAAGCCGGUGCAGCAUUUUGAUCCCGCGUCUCAGCAGCCCAGCCGCGUCGGAACACCGGCCUCCAACAUGACGGGCAAGAAGAGGCAGGCGAGUAACAGGGCCGCCAACGGCGAGCCCCAACAGAAAACCACGUCGGGCAAGGCCAGAGCCGAGUCCACCCCGGACACUGAAGAGGCCCCUCAGCAGAAGGAUCGCCGCCGCCGCCGCACAAAUGCUGUUGCCAAGGAGGCCUCUUUCAACGCCACUGAAGGCUCUUCGUCUCCUUCGGGAGAGGCCCUUGCAGUUCAAGAUGGGCCCUUCGCCAAGCCUGGCCGCCCUCGCGGCAAGAAGGCUUCUCGGCUGGCCGAGCAGGCCCUCGAUGACGAGGGCAAGGCUAGGCCUGCCAAGCCGCAGCGCAAGAGUCACGUCUUGACGCUCAAAAUUCCCAAGUCCAAGAACUUGAGCGAGCCGUCGUCUGCAAUCACAGACAACGGCGACUCGCGGCCCUCUACCGCCUCAUCCGACUCGACCUCCCACACGGCCGAGUCCUCUUACUCUUUCCGGCCCAAGCGCCAGAAGCGAUUCCGCGACGAACCCGAGGACGACGAGAUUUCCGACCAGCAGCCGCCUAAGAAGAGAGGCAAGCGAGCGGCUGGCCAGGGAGACGCUCUCGCAAAGGAUGGUGUCAUCGGCGACAGGGCAGAGAAUGCUGCCGCGGCUACGGCGGCAGCAAUGAUUGCGGCAGAGGCUGGAGCAGUUCCCGCUGGCCGCAAGGUCCCCAAGAUCAAGGUGAUUUCCAAGACGGCUGCGAGCCGCAACGGCACACCCGGCUCCCAGCCCGCGACAGCUGGCGAAGCAGAGGAUCGCCCCAAGGACUACAAGUCUAUGACCAAGUCGGAGAAAAUGUCUGCCUCGAUGAAGAGCCGCUGGGCAAACGGAAACAUGGCCGGAGCCGUGGAGAAGCGAAAGGCCACUCUGGCCGCCAAGAAGGCCGCUCAGGCUGCCGCCGAUAACAAGGCUGGCACGAAUGCCCCGAAACCGACAAAGGUCCGGGCCAUCAAGAAGGAGCAUGCCGCUCGGGAAGAGCAGCAGCAACAAGCACAAUCGACCGAGUUCACUCAGCACGGCGUGGCCGGAGGAGCGGGCUCCCCUCCGACUGCAAACAAUUAG